UCACCAUGACAAGGGUUCCAAUUCGAAAAUCAAAUUGUAAAUCCGGAGCCCAAAAAGCAAGAGAGAGAAGAAAAGAAGAGACAAAAUGACGAAGUCUUUGGCUGAUUCUAUGUUGAGGUAUGUGAAAAGAUCAACACCUCUCAAACCAAAUGAGAAUCCUACGAGUGUUGAGAAUGACAAAGCAGAAGAAAUUUGUGAAGAUACUGAUGUGAAUAUGAAUACCAUACCAGAAUGUGUUUACAGUGGAGAAAAAGAUGAGCUUUUGGAAAUUACGGAUCCAGCAAACUGGAAAAAUAUUGAUAGGGAAUUAAGAGAUUUUCUAGUCGAAAAAGGUCCUAUGAAAAGGGUACAUGAGAAGUAUGCUUUCCCGAAAACUGCUGGUAUUAGAAGACAUUUUUCUCACAGGUAUUACAAAAGAGAGAUGAAAAAUGGAGAUAAGCAAGACAGAAAUUGGUUAUUAUACUCAAAAGUAUCGGAUAAGGUUUAUUGCUUUUGCUGCAAGUUAUUUGGUCGAGACCAAGACGCGAUGCAGUUGUCAAGCACCGGGUUUAAUGAUUGGAGGAAUAUCAGGAUAAGACUUAGCCAACAUGAGACUAGUCAUCGUCAUAUUGUUUGCAUGAGUAAGUGGAUGGAACUAGAGUUGAGACUACGAAAGCAUCUGACCAUUGAUAAGUGUCUUCAAAAAGACAUUAACAUAGAGAAAAACCAUUGGAGAGAAGUUCUGUUGAGAAUAUUUUCAUUGGUAAAAAACCUUGCAAAACAGAAUUUGGCUUUCCGUGGAGAAAAUGAGAAGAUUGGUCAGAAAAACAAUGGUAACUUUCGAGUUUUAUUGAAUCGUUCGGCGACUUUGAUCCAGUCAUACGAGAGCAUAUCAGACGAGUUAAAGAAGGUCCAACUUAUGAUUAUUAAGAAAAUUCAAGAGGCGAAAUACUUUUCUGUUAUUCUCGACUGCACUCCGGAUAAGAGUCAUAAAGAACAGAUGAGUCUCAUUAUCAGAUGUGUGGAUGUCUCCAUGGCUUCGACACAAGUUUCAGAAUUUUUUCUAACGUUUGUUGAAGUUUCAGAUAAAUCCGGGGAAGGACUCUUUGAGCUACUUUGUGAUACUUUGGUUGCUCUCAAUUUGAAUAUUAAUGAUGUGAGAGGGCAAGGCUAUGAUAAUGGAUGCAAUAUGAAAGGGAAACACAAAGGAGUACAAAAAAAGUUGCUUGAUAUCAAUUCAAGAGCGUUUUAUACGCCGUGUGGUUGCCAUAGUCUUAACUUGCCAAGUCAUCUAAAAAAGCGAUUGAAUUCUUUGGAAUCAUUCAGCGGAUUUACUGCUUGUUUUCAUCAUCUACAACAAGGCCUAAAAAUAAGAGAUGCAUUGGACUACUUGGCUGAAAAUUGUGAUGACCCGAAAGCUCGCAGCGAUGCAGACUGCCUUGCUACAAGUGAGACACACAGAAUUGGUGGAUUUGAGUUCUUGUUUGGUAUGGUUAUUUGGUACAAUCUUCUUUUUACCAUGAACACAGUAAGUAAGGCGCUACAGUCAGAGAAUAUUGAUAUUGAACUUGCUCUUGUUCAACUGAAAGGGUUAGUCUCUUAUCUACAAAAUUACAGAGAAACUGGUUUUCAAGAAGCUAAAGCAGAAGCUACAUUAAUUGCUGAAUCUAUGGAUAUCGAACCAAAAUUUCCUGUGAAAAGAAAGCGCAUCAUUAAAAGGAAAAGGCAUUUUGAUGAAGAGAUGGAGAAUGAUGUUGAAACUGAAUUGCUUAGCGAGGAAGAGAAUUUUAAAGUGAGGUUUGAGCAAUUUGAAGAGUAUGGAAGAAUUUUUAGAUUUUUGUUUGAUCUAAGGAAGCUCAAAUCUGCAAGUGAUGAUGGCUUAAAGGCAGCAUGUAUAAACCUUGAAACUUCUCUUAAACAUGGAGAUAGUUCAGACGUUGAUGGGAAUCAUUUAUUCUUAGAGCUGAAAGUUUUAAAAGAACUUUUACCGACCGAGAUCACGAAAGCUAUUGAAGUGUUAAACUUUUUGAAAAAGUUUGAAGGUUGUUAUCCAAAUACAUGGAUUGCGUUUAGAGUGAUGCUAACAGUUCCAGUUUCAGUCGCCUCAGCCGAAAGAAGUUUUUCCAAGCUAAAGUUGAUAAAGUCAUACUCACGAUCAACAAUGUCAGAAGAGAGAUUGAAUGCCUUGGCGAUAUUGUCAAUUGAAAGAGAUUUAGUUGGAGAGCUCGACUAUAUAAGUUUGAUGAACGACUUUGCGGCAAAAACUGCAAGAAGAUCUAUUUUCGAAAUCCGAGAUGAUGAUGAGUAGCAAGUGUAGUUUCAGUUU